AUGGAUGCUGUCGGCAGGACACUGUCCAUUGAUACCUAUGUCUGGGCGGCUGCUUGUAUGAACUCGAUGGAUGCUGUCGGCAGGACACUGCCCAUUGAUACCUAUGUCUGGGCGGCUGCUUGUAUGAACUCGAUGGAUGCUGUCGGCAGGACACUGCCCAUUGAUACCUAUGUCUGGGCGGCUGCUUGUAUGAACUCGAUGGAUGCUGUCGGCAGGACACUGCCCGUUGAUACCUAUGUCUGGGCGGCUGCUUGUAUGAACUCGAUGGAUGCUGUCGGCAAGACACUGCCCGUUGAUACCUAUGUCUGGGCGGCUGCUUGUAUGAACUCGAUGGAUGCUGUCGGCAGGACACUGCCCAUUGAUACCUAUGUCUGGGCGGCUGCUUGUAUGAACUCGAUGGAUGCUGUCGGCAGGACACUGCCCGUUGAUACCUAUGUCUGGGCGGCUGCUUGUAUGAACUCGAUGGAUGCUGUCGGCAGGACACUGCCCGUCGAUACCUAUGUCUGGGCGGCUGCUUGUAUGAACUCGAUGGAUGCUGUCUGCAGGACACUGUCCAUUGAUACCUAUGUCUGGGCGGCUGCUUGUAUGAACUCGAUGGAUGCUGUCGGCAGGACACUGCCCGUUGAUACCUAUGUCUGGGCGGCUGCUUGUAUGAACUCGAUGGAUGCUGUCGGCAGGACACUGCCCGUUGAUACCUAUGUCUUGGUGGCUGCUUGUAUGAACUCGAUGGAUGCUGUCGGCAGGACACUGCCCGUUGAUACCUAUAUCUGA